CCACCGCUCUUCCUCCACUUCUUUCGUCUCCUAACCUACCUAACCCAAUCCCUUACCUAUCUUUCUAUCGAUCCGAUUUCCCCCUCUCAUUUCUCCCCUCUCACUUCUAUCCUCCCUGCUAUUUUCCCUCUGGUUUCUCGCUGAGCGAAGACCUUUCUAUCUCAUCGCCUCUCUUCUGUCAGAACCACACACCAGAUUAACCUUUACCCGUCGCCCAUCAUGGAUAAGAUUAAGGAGAGAAUGAACCAGCUCCGUCUGGAGGCUGACGAGGCCGGCGAGAGGGUGGAGGAUCUCAAGGGCAAGGUCAAGACUCUGGAACAGGAGAACCUGUCCAAGGAACAGGAAAUCACGUCUCUCAACCACCGGAACCAGCUUUUGGAGGAUGAGGUCGAGAAGCUCGAGACUUCCCUCAAGGAGGCCAAGGACGCGGCCACCCAGAGUGCCCAGCACGACACACAGAACGAGUCUCUGCAGAGACGUCUGCAGGUCUUGGAGGAGGAGGCUGAAGAUGCGGAUCGGAACCUGCGGGAGACCAACGAGAAGCUCCGCCAAACCGACGUCAAGGCCGGCCACUACGAGCGCAAAGUCCAGGCCCUGGAAUCGUCCCGUGACCAGUGGGAGAGCAAGUACGAGGAGAUGGCCAAGAAGUACGCCGAGUUGCAGAAGGAGCUGCACGAUCUGGAGGUGUCUAUAAGCAAUGUCUAAAGGGCAGGUCUGAGAACCGGCGUGGAGUUGGGGCCGAUGCUGGAUUCGGCGGUCGUUCCAGUAUCUCUUGUUUUUAUAGUUGCAAAUCGCAGCCCGUCUGAUUACCGUCCAUUAGCCGGGGACAGAACUAGCACUGUUUCUUUGUCUUGUCACGCAGCUGGCUUUAAGC